UGUUGUCUAUCAUUCCACCAAUUUCCUAUGGCUGUAAUCCUACUGCGUUUACUAUUUAUAACUAUUUGCCUACCUUUUAUAGCAGCACAACAGUCUAAUGAUUCUGUACCGGUUGGUGCAUCACUCACUGCCACACCCAACAUCAGACCAUGGCUUUCAUCUUCGGGUGAAUUUGCAUUUGGGUUCCAACAAGUUCAAGGGAACGAUAAUUUCUUGUUAUCCAUAUGGUAUGACAAGAUACCUGAGAAGACGAUCAUCUGGUAUCCAGAAGAAGGUCGGAUGGUGCCUAGAGGAUCCAAAGUUGAGCUACUUCGUGAAAGUGGACUCGUACUCACUGAUCCUCAGGGCACACAGGUAUGGAGAUCUGGAUCCAUUUCGGGCGUUGCAUCAGGUUUUAUGAAUGAUACAGGUAACUUCAUGAUUUUUGGUAGCAAUUCAAGCAAGAUAUGGAGUAGUUUUGAUUAUCCAGCAGACACACUGUUGCCGACUCAGGUUAUAUUGAGAGGUGGAAUGAUCAUUUCAAAAAGGAGCAAAACAAACUUUUCUGGCGGACGAUUCUUGUUUCAACUUCUUGAAGAUGGGAAUCUUGUUCUUAAUACUCGAGAUAUACCCACAGGUAAUGUUUAUGAUGCUUAUUAUAGCAGCGACACUUUUGAUUCCUCCAAUUCAACAAAUCGUGGUGAACAAGUGAUAUUUGAUACAACGGGAUACAUGUAUUUAUUGAGAAGAAAUGGACAGACAUUUACUCUUACUCCAAGAGGCUUACUUCCUUCCGGAGAUUAUUAUUACAGAGCUACUCUAGAUUCUGAUGGGGUCUUUAGACAAUAUUACUACCCCAAGAAUCCCACUGGCAAUUCAAGCUGGGAGGUAAUAUGGUUUAAGCCAGAUAACAUAUGUUUUAGUAUGAGCGGGGUUCGAGAUAGUGGAGCUUGUGGGUUUAACAGUGUUUGCAGCUUUGAUGGUAACUGGCCAAGCUGUGAAUGCCCACAGGGUUUCUCAUUGCUCGAUCCAAAUGAUCCAAAUGGUGAUUGCAAGCCUGAUUUCACUCCAACCUGUGAUGAAGUUGAUUCAAAUAAUGCCGGAGACAUGUUUGAUUUCAUCGAGCUCAAUGGUAUUAAUUGGCCCCAGUCUGAUUAUGUGCACAUGAAACCAACUAAUGAAGAGAGCUGCAAAAGUUCCUGUUCUAAAGAUUGUUUCUGUGCUGUUGCAAUUUAUGCAAAUGCCCAAUGUUGGAAGAAGAGGUUUCCACUCUCUAACGGGAGGAAGGAAACGUCACCUCCUGCAAAGGCGUUUGUUAAAUUCCAGAAAGGUGAUCCUCGUCCUGGAACCCCUUCUCAGCUUCCAGCAAAAAAUAAGGAUCAGAAAAGUCUGAUACUUGUGGUAUCGACCCUCUUUGGUACAUCGGCGUUUGUGAACAUUAUAUUGAUUGGUGUGAUUUGUGUGGGUUUCUUUGUAAUCUACAAGAAGAAGGCUAGAAAUAUAUAUCCAAUUAGUAAAUCUAAUAUUGAAACGAAUCUGGCUCAUUUUACAUAUCAAGAUCUAGUCGAAGCUACAGAUGGAUUUAAGGAUGAAUUGGGAAAAGGAGCUUUUGGGGUAGUCUAUAAAGGUGUCAUAGGGAAACAGAUAGUGGCUGUGAAGAAGUUAAAUGGGUUGGUUCAAGAUGGUGAAAAGGAAUUUAAAACGGAGGUCGAUGUUAUUGCAAGGACUCAUCAUAAAAAUUUGGUGCAGCUUCUUGGCUAUUGUGAUGAGGGUGAGCAGCGGCUAUUGAUUUAUGAGUACAUGAGCAAUGGUACUUUGGCAAUGUUUCUUUUUGGAGAAACAAGACCUACAUGGAAACAUAGGAGUUAUAUUGCUCUAGGGGUUGCAAAAGGACUCGCUUACCUCCAUGAAGAGUGUAGCAUCCAAAUCAUUCACUGUGACAUAAAGCCUCAGAAUAUACUUCUUGAUGAGUAUCAUAAUGCUAAGAUUUCUGACUUUGGAUUGGCAAAGCUUUUGAUGAUGGAUCAAAGUCAUACAAACACUGGAAUAAGAGGAACAAAAGGAUAUGUUGCUCCUGAAUGGUUUAGGAACAUGCCUGUCACAGUAAAGGUUGAUGUCUAUAGCUUUGGAGUGUUGCUACUAGAGAUCAUUUCAUGCCGAAAGAGCCUGGUUUUUGAGCGUGAUAAUGAAGGGGUGGCAGUUUUAACUGAUUUGGCAUGGGAUUACUAUCAAGGAGGUAGACUGGAUGCAUUUGUUGAGAACGAUUCGGAGGCCUUAGAUGACUACAAGAGAUUGACAUGGUUUGUGAUGGUUGGUCUUUGGUGUAUACAAGAAAACUCCACACUCAGGCCAACCAUGAGGAAGGUCGUCCAGAUGCUUGAAGGAGGAAUUGAAGUGGCAGAACCUCCAUGUCCGUGCCCUUUCUCUAUUACGACUUGCAAAUUGUAAAAGCUCUACUAUAUGUUUUUUUUUUUUUUUUUUUUUUUUUUUUUUUUUUUUGUGUGUGUGUGUGUGUUAUCACCACCUUCCUAGUUGGCUUGUAAUCUGUAAACAAAUAAAUUUUUGUGUGUGUGUGUGUUAUCACCACCUUCCUAGUUGGCUUGUAAUCUGUAAACAAAUAAAGUGUAUGUUGGAUCAUACUCGAUUUGACAAAUUAGAUUUUCUUGACGACGGACCACCUAUAUUAUCAUCGACACCUGAGCCUGCUAUGAAACCCAUUAUCGCUGCUUCUAACCAGUCCACUUCAACUCCUUAUGGCCUUUGUGAGCCCACACUGCACUCCAUUCCAGCAGCCCAACACGAUGAUCCACUUGAGCACGAGCCAACCUCUGUGCAUCCUCAUCACGACAAUUCCACUCAUCCCAUGGUGACUUGAUGUAAAUAAAAAGUUUAUGAGAAUACUCACAUUGUUGACUAUGCAUCGCUUGUUGAUCACGGAUUGCAUGUUUCUUUAUUUUCCAGUCAUGAGCCCAAAGGUUUCAAUUCUGCUUCCAAAAAUCCAAGAUGGUUAGUUGCAAUGCAUGAAGAACUUGAAGCCCUUGGUCAAAACAAUAUGCGGACCUUAGUCCCUCGUCCACAUUACUCUAAUGUUGUUGGCUCCAAGUGGGUCUAUCGGACUAAAUAUAACUCAGAUGGCUCCGUUGAAUGUUUUAAAGCAUGCCUUGUAGCUCAAGGUUUCUCCCAAAUUCCCGACAUUGACUACACAUAUACCUUUAGUUUGGUUGUCAAGGCUUCCACAGUUCACAUUGUCCUAUCCUUAGCUGUCUUGCAUAAUUGGCGUUUGCGUCAACUUGAUGUUGAAAAUGCUUUUCAUCAUGGUCAAUUAAAUGAAACUG